CAAGCGCCGAGUCGGGGAGCUCAGCCAGCACGACACACGCCGCCAUGGCUGCGACGCGCCGCCGUCCACGCCGGUCGGGCCCCCGCGCCGUGACAGAGUGACUCGCCGCGUGGCGCGUAGUGACGCGGAGUGACGAGUGAUUGGGGUGGCAGUGGAGAGUGAGUGAGUGAGACGGAUAGUCGAGCGGCCCAGCCAUGUCGCCCUACCGGACGCACAUCCUCGUCCUGGCCGUCAUCCUGCUAACAGCACACACGGCGCGCUGCAUCACGGUGCGGCUGGAGGCCCCGCAGUGGGUGCCGCUGGGCGGGCAGGCGCUGCUGCGCUGCCGCUACUCCGUGCAGUUCACGGACCUGCACAUGGUGGCGUGGUUCCGGGACAUGAAGAAGAUCUUCACGUUCAUCAAGGGCAGGCGGCCGGCCUUCACCAACCACACCGUGCCCGGCGCCGAGAUCGAUAUGUCACACAGCAACGAGCGCGAGGUGCUGCUCACCAACAUGGACGUUAACGCCACGGGGGACUUCUUCUGCGAGGUGUCCACCGAGGUGCCGAGCAUCUACACCAAGGCCUCCGACGAGGUGGAGAUCACCGUCUACAAGCCGCAGCGAAGUCCGCCCCGGAUCUCCGGGCUGGAGACGGAGUACAGUCCGGGACAAAUGAUCAACGCCAACUGCACCUCGGUGGACGGCCACCCGGCGCCUUCCAUCACCUGGCUGCUGGACGAGAUCCCGGUGGACGAGCGGCAGGUGGUAAGCUGGGUGCAGCCGGUCGGGUCCUCGGUGUCGGGGUCCUCGGUGUCGCUCGUGGUGCAGGCCCUGGACGACAACAAGGACUCCAGGGAGAUGAAGGUGACGUGUGUCACAUCCCACCCGCCCUACACGGGCCCGCUCGAGUACGUCGACAUCCAGCGGCAGGAGAUCACGGUGUCCGUGAUGAAGCCCUCGGAGACGAUCGACAACACGCUGGAGUCCAUCAGCAGCAGCAGUGCGGCCGCCAACGCCGGCGCCGUCCUGGGCUGCAGCGCGCGCGUGCUGGCCGUGCUGGUGCUGAGCUGCCUGCUGCGCCGCGCGUAGACGCGUGGACACACCGCCCUGCGACGCCCCAUCCGGGCCGUGCGCCGAAAACUCAGCCCCGGCAGGGGCCAGCUAUUGGACGCAGCGAGGCGCUGUAGCAAGCUGAGCUGGACCUAGCCGCGCUGGCCGCCCUGGUGAGCCUCCUGGAGAACCUCCUGGAGUGAACCGCCUCGGAAACCUCCUGGUGAACCUCCCGGUGAACCUCCUGGAGAACCUCCUGGAGAACCACCCGGACAACCUCCAGUGCUGACCGGGAUGCCGCCCAGUGACCGCCUCCAGGCUCGACGCUCAGCACUGCCAACACUCCGGGACGCUCGCGGCCAACCAGACCGACGUGUCCGUCGCUCGGUCUCCCUCGUACCCCUACAGAGCACCACCCGAGCGCGAGAGAGACAGAGCGACGCUGCUGGGUCCGCGGGCCUGUCCUGCCGCCGUCGUCUUUAGUGCUCAAAUCAGGCUUGCCUAGCGCGGUGCCACGCCGCUUCGUGUCUCGGAUUACGCUUACCUGUAAAUAGCGUCGGAAAGAACGCAGACUCCUUUGUUUCGUAGCGCAAAAAGCAAAAAAAAAGGUCAUGGUUCGUGAGCGCACACCUGUCUACCAGUAGUGGGAUCAAGACGCCAGUAUGUUUGCUGGCCAGCCGCUCCGGACGAGGCUCGACCGAGUUUCACUAAGAGGACGCUAAGUUAGGUUUUUCGGUGGACGCACGUUAAGGCUCAUUUUACCUACCGUUUCGUGCUGGUCGACAGCCAUGUAAAAAGUAAGCGUCUGUGUGCUGUAAAGAUUGUAGUCUUCUUGGAUUCCGUUGUUCUAGAACGUUAAGUGUUAUCUAGAGCCGGGAGAGAGAACGGAAUACUAUAAAAGUUGUUGGUUCCCACUCCCUGGCGUAAUGGUAGACAUUGCGUUCUGUAUGACAAUGUUGAUAAAAGACUCUAAAAGCUAGUGAGUAAAAUAUUGUUGUAAAGAAAAUGCUGUAUAUUUUCGCAAUUCGAUCGAUGAAGUUGUGUGCGUGCGUGUGAUGGUGUGUUAGGAUAAGAUUAUUGUGUGCCUACUGUACAGAAAAAGUUUUAUAUGUUUAAAUCGUAUUUAAGUUUCGUUGGUAAUUUUUAUUGUUACGGAAAUGUGUGUACUAGUUUCUAAAUCUACUUCGCCAGAUGUCUUUAUUAAUGCUGCUUUCGGUGGUAAUCGUUAUACUUGCUAUUUUUGUGAACGCAAUUCAGACGUAAAAAUAAGGUAAAUGAACCACUCAGUUGUAUUGCUCAAUCGGAAAAUGCCUGUUACAAUCAGAUUUAUCUACUACUUACGUGUAGGUUCACACAAAAAAAUCUGAAAAUGUUCACAUUUGGUUUAAAGAAAGCACUUAGGCCUAAUUGUUAAGGAUUUCGAAAACUUGUGGUGUAGUGUCACGGACGAGCGUCCCGGGCAACUAUUUGCUUACGAACCAGGCAUUUUAUGAAUGAAAGGCACGAUGUCUUCUUGUUCAAAAGUCACGUUCCAUUCCUUAAAACAAAAAGAAUUGUUUGCAGAUUGAAUUAAAGUACCUGGAUCAGGAGGACAGGCGAGUGUUGAAACGCAGCGGCAUGGACCUGCUGGCCUGGUGGUGGGAAACGCCUGCGGUCCGCGGAGUAGGCAGCCCGCUGGGCGCACCAGUGGAGCGGCAUGGCCUACCCUCGGCUGCGCUACCGUUGCCUCCCUUCAAGUUCUUGAACUUUGCAGACACGUUUGCAAAUCGCUCGUCCCAAUAAUUCAAAAUGAUUUAGCGUUAUCUUUCUUAUCUAAAGCUGAUAUGACAAUAUUCCUACAACCCGAUGCUGGACUAAACCUCUACUUGUGUAUAGCAUCAAGAGUGUAUGAUAAACAUUGACCAAUAGAGAAGUUGAUUCCAUGUUUCGCAUAAGUACCGCGCUUGAACCACACAUUUUUUUGUUGUUUGUAGUUUUCACAGUCCCGGUAGGAGAGUCAGCAUUCAUUUUUGAAGCAUCGGUGCCAAAGUCACGAGAAGUUUCAUACCUAACACAUUGUUAAUAAAUUACAAUGUUAAGCUUCGUGCAAAAGUAAAAUAGGGCAAGUAGGUGCUAACAGUGCGGAUGGUCCCAGAUUUAGGUGACAAGUGAGUGGUUCAGAUAAAAUGCGAGUGGUAAUCGAGAACGAAUUUACUUAAAGUAAAAAGUAAGCUUAUGAUUUGUGUUGCUUGAGAGGCCGAUGUUGCAUUUGCAUGAUCGCGCCUGUUAGCAACGCAAACUUCCGAUAUUGAACUUCAAUUUUCUUACCUAGCACUAGAUAGAAACGCAAUUUAGGGCGAAACACGUCAACGUUUCCGCAACGUCUUACAAAAUAUAAGUAAAUGUACUUUAGGCGUAAAGGUGUUAAAACGCGCGCAUCUUUCGUUUCUCUUUAGCGCAUUCUCUCCCUUUCAAUCUUUCUGACUCUCCAUCAACACGCUUAAAUUUUGGCUGUCUAUUGGUAGGGAGGGUGAAGGAGUACGCAAAUCUGGAUAUUCGUCCCUAGAACGAAUCGCCCUGUAAAUGCUGUGUGUAUGAUGUCUCAAAAUUUCAACUGAAUUGUUUCUAGUGGUCUCCGUUAGCAACCCUCUCUUCCUUCUAAUCCUAAAAUUACGUAAUGCAUUUCUGGUCUCGAACAUAGGAGUGGCCUAUUUGUUUUUGUAAAUACGUUUUAACGUGACCUGGACGGUAACGUUGCUUAGAUAAUUGGUUUUGUUUCUUCUUGUUUUUAGAUCGGGCCACGCAGGUUACGUCGGUUUGUUUUUGUUACUGUUCGAGCAAAUAUUUCAAAAAUCAACAUAAAAAUUACAAAAAAAACAGUAAAACUUUUGAUAUGGACUGUACACUGAAACGGAGGCCAGCUAGCACCCGUCACUCGGAGUGUUACGUAAUUUUCGGACGGCUUACCUUAGAGUGCGUAACUGUGUGUGAACGAGUUGUAUAGUUGUUGUGCUUCAGGAACCAAGCGCCCAAAUGUCUUCCUCUCUUGUCUACGACGUCUAUUAUUACUAUUAUUACUAUAAUUGCUCUAGAAAAGUCGUGCCCCUUUUGAACGCUUGCUGUCAUUUAUCCUGUAAGGGGAAUGCGUUUAUCGUUGUAAAUACACUCCCUGUUUCCCCGUGCCUCCUUACGAGGUCCUUUUUUCGAAUUGUUGUCGAUAGUAUGGGAGAGAAUCCCAUCCGGAUGCGUGGCAGCAAAUGUUUUCUCGGGUGCAGAUAAUCAAGUUGUGUAUACUUUGUGUGCUUAAUGUUAAAUGCUUCCUGAAGUGACGGAUUCGGUGAAAGAAACAUCAUAAUUUGGUUCACGAAGGGAAAGAUGAGUGUUUGGAGUACUUAAAUAGUAACCAUUCCACCAAACAAGAUACAAAACGAAAAAUAUUCCAGUUUUUGUUUUGUACAUUCCUUACUUCUCAGUGUGAGUAGUCCGUUGCUUCAAAGCAUCGACCAUUGACGGUCGAGACCUAAAAUAUUAAAAAUACAAGAAUGAGACCUACUGUAUUUGGAUAAAGAAUAUAGUAAUAUCUUUAGGCUACGUUCCAA